CGGGUCGCAUGCAGUUUGACAGUGGUACUCAAAGCGGUUGUCCGGCUCCAUUCUCUCCGACAGCCUCAGUAAGCAGCGUUGCAUCCUCGGCAUGGCAUCCGACGAGCUAGCUAGGAAGCUGCAGUCGCGGCUGGUCGCCGCGCAGGAGGCUGAGCCGAGACCGGAGCCUGAACGGAGCCCGGUCCGACCCAAACCGCCACCACAGGAGCCUGAGGAAGCCUGCGGCGACUCGUCCUCUGAGCUGUCUGCCAAACUCACUCGCAGGCUGGACAUCAAUGAGGGCAACGCUGCCCCGCGACCGACCCGCGUCUUCAACCCCUACACUGAGUUCAAGGAGUUCUCCCGCAAACAGAUUAAGGACAUGGAAACGAUGUUCAAACGAUAUGACACCGGUAAAGACGGCUUCAUCGACCUGAUGGAGCUUAAGCUGAUGAUGGAGAAGCUGGGAGCUCCACAGACCCACCUGGGCCUCAAGAACAUGAUCAAGGAGGUGGAUGAAGACUUUGAUGGCAAACUGAGCUUCAGAGAGUUCCUGCUGAUCUUCCGGAGGGCAGCGGCUGGAGAGUUGCAGGAGGAGAGUGGUUUGCUGGCUCUUGCCAGGUUGUCUGAGAUCAACGUCUCCACUGAGGGAGUGAUGGGGGCCAAAGACUUCUUUGAAGCCAAGAUGCAGGCUGCGUCUCAGGGCAGCAAGUUCGAGGCUGAGAUUCGAGAGGAAAAAGAAGAACGCAAGAGACAGGAAGUGGAGAAAAAACAGAGGCAAGCCGCCUUCAAACAGCUGCAGUCCACCUUCUGCUCAUGACCGGCCAUGGGAGGCAGAUAACAGUCCUUCAUGCUCCACUUGUAUUUUAACUAAUACCAUCUCUCAGUAUUUGGUACUUUUUAACUAAAAUAGAAAGAAUAGCCACUAAAAUUCUUGAAAGUUGAUAACACGUCACAGGCAUUAUUUAUUCAUACCAGGCUUCCUGCAACUGUUAUUCAGAAAACAAUAAGGCAAAAACACCACUUCUCAAAUUGCUGGAAAUAUCAUAUUUAUUGUGCAUUUCUGUGGAUGGUUUUCUUUGUAUUCGUCUGUACAAGAACUGGAAGUUUUCACCUUAAGAGAAUGUUAACUUGUUUAGGCUAAGUGAAGCUGUUUUCAGUAUGUUUAAGCGUUUUUAAUUACACAUUACACUUUAGUCAUGGUUUGUGUCAUAUGUUUCAUUCUCACCUUGUUAACACUGUUACAAUGAGUAAUUAAAUAACUAUCAGUAUAGUAUAAUAAUAGGAAGUAUCAACAUCAUAUAGCGUGGCCUUAUGCAACUUUGGCCACUGAUCUUGAUUCUGAUCUGACAUUGAUCAGGAUGUGGUUAGCCUAGCCUAGCAUCUAAAGAUCACUAAAAUGUUGUAUCUUGUUUGUUUUAUCCGUACAUAAACAUGGUUUUUAAAACAACAAUGAAAUACACAUUUCUAUUAUAAAUGAUCAAGAUUGGAUUGGCAGGAAAUUGGCCAUAACUCAUUAACCGUUUGUCCAAUCAGCCAAAGAGGCUGAUGGUGGCACACAGAAAUAAACUGGCUGACAUGACUUUGCCCGGCAUUGUGAAACUAUAAAUUUGGCCCUGUGCUGCUUCCUUCUGUUGAGUACCGAAAGGUUUGAAACCGCUUAAUGCCACCUGUGUCUAUAUUCAUAUGUAAACUAAUGGACAGAAAAAACAGAACAGACAUGAUACUGGUAUCAAUCUCACUCUCAGAAAAAAAGUUUAUCAAUGUAUUUCCCUAAAUGUUAAACCUAGCAAGAGCAGACUGCUUCCAUUAAAGCAUGCUUACCUUUUACACCAGGGUUCGUCAACCUUGGCUUGUGAUUCUAUUUUUAGGAUCUAAAUUCUCAUGACCCCAGCAUUUAGACAGUGGAUAAGUUUUCAUGUGAGUUUUAGUAUGGUGUAGUUUAAUGAGCAUGCAAUGCAUGCAAUGCAAAUGUAUAAUAUAAGCUAGGGAUUCUAAUAGAUUUUACAUCAAUUUAGCUUAUGUUCCAUGUGAAAUAGAACAAUAUUAGAAAUCUCCUGGGACCGUUUAUGCAUAGCAAGUGAGUGGGGACUUGCAAGGGACAACAGAAAAAACAGUAUCCCACAAAGCAAUGCUUGAUAUCAACUUUGAUUAGACCUUCCUUCCUUAGUAAAUGCCUGGAUCGUUAAAUCUCCACAGCCCCAGUUUGUAACACAUGCUGACAAAGCCCCCUCCAGACCCUCAGAUGUUGUACAACUGUUUUCACAUGCUAAUAGGAUAGUACCAAACUAAUGUUGCUGUGUAAAAUCAAUGGAGUGCCCCAUUAAUGUGCUCACUCAGUCAUUCAUAUGCAUACUGUGUGCUUAAUCUGCCCACUUUCCACUCCAGUUCUCAUCUGUGACUCAGAACUUUUACCAUUUGAGCUUAUGUAAGCAUUAUGUAUCGCUUUAAAGUUGACAUUUUAAUACUGAAAGCAUCAGAACCACUGACCACUGUCUACAUAUAGUGAUGUGUAUAUAUAUAUAUAUAUAUAUAUAUAUAUAUAUAUAAUGAAGCGUUUUGCCUGAAUUUGGACCAUUCCGAUUAUCUCAGUCUGUUACAAUGUACUGAUCACCUGUACAGGCUUUAUUCUUUCCUUGAAAAGGGAUUCAGCUGUGGAUUACUAUCAGUCACAGCAUGCCACAAACUAAGACAUGUAGCAAUUCCCUGAAGGAGCAGGUCUUAGUGAGAGAACAACACAGACUGAGACCAGAACCAACUACAAAAUGCAGUUAGUUUCUCCCUAAGGUGUCAGUCCAGCUGCCCACUCAAUACAUCUCCAAGUGAGGAAGAUAAGAGACAUGCAUAUUUCUUUAUGAUGUAGUCUCAGGAAUCUCUGAUAUCUGUUCAACUUCUUUUUACAAUAAUGAAAAGCACAGGGUGGGGUGUGCUACAGACUCUACGUUGAACCACCCCUGCCACUGAGCCAUAUAGCUCAGUAUAUAGAGUGCAGCAGACUAUUUUUGUAGUCUAACCCAGAAGUUGGCAUUGCCCUGGUUCCUUCAACAAAAAGUCAAUAGGAUUUUUCCAUCGGAUUUUGGAUUAUUGCAAAAAAUAAACUGUGUUGCAAAGUUUAUGAUACUUACAUGUUUUGAUCAGCAACAUAAUCUCUGCAAAUGAACACCACUUUUAUGAGUUUUGAAGUGUAGAUGCAGUCGCCAAAAGUAAACAGCUAACGCUAAGGAUAUAAACAAACUACUCCACAACAAACUACGGUCGCAUGACUACAGUGUCACCACCACUAACAUUCCAACUUGUAAUUAAAUCUUGUAAUUUAAAUGUACAAGUUGUAAAAUUUGAGUUAGAAUAGUUUGCAAGAACGCAAGUAUAAACAUAAGGCUGUAAGGGCAGACUAGUGAUAAGUCUGUUUGUCUGAAAUGUCACCAACAACCUCUGUAGUCUCAUUUAGCCAUUUGUUAGCAACCACCUUUUUUAAGAGACAAAAGCUUCAAAAUUCACAGGUGGAGUAUUUUAUGUCAUGGAAAAAAACUAUAUGAAAAUCUUUUAAGCUUGUAUUAACCACAGACCUUAUUUUAGGCCAUUCAAAAACCCCAUUGACUGUGAGGAGAGGGAACUAGAGGGGCUAAAAUGUUGAUGCUAAUGCUAAGGUUCUGGGUUUUUGGCAUGAUUCUUGCAGCAUUCUAUUGUCUGCCAAGUCUAAUUUGACUAUGUGUGGUUUGUACAAAGACAGCAAGAGCUCAGCAUGCACUAGGUUUUAUAUCGGUAGCUUUGCUAUGCAGCUAUGUGUUUAACAUUAAGAAAGAAAGAGGACUGUAACAGCUAGUCUGGCUCUAAAAACAAUACACCUACCAACAACUCUAAAACUCACUCAAAAACCCCACAAAACACAUUUUGUGGGGUUAGGGGAGUUAUGUACAGAAACUGUGGGGUUCAGUGACUGUACACAGACAGAGACAGGGUCUUAUUGUCACAGUGAGUUGUACCAUAGUGCCUGUGAGAUCAAAUCCAAAACCUGUUAGCACAGACUGACCAACAGGGACACUGGGCAGAUGGGUAAAUAAUUGUUAAUAAAAAAAAUGUCCAGCUUGUAACCGCCCCUAAAACAAAAAAUCGUAGUCCUACAGACGCGUUGGCAGGUAUAUCCUUGAAAUUCAGACUGAGCCAGGCCAGCUGUUCCCCCUUGCUUCCAGUCUGUAUGCUAAGCUAGACUAAUCAUGUCCUGACUCCAGCUCUAUAUUAAGAAAGUGUUUUUUUCCCAAGAUUUUGAACUAUUUGUUUAAAAUUAAUUUUAAAACAUCCUUUCAAAUAGCAGUGGAUCACAGACAGUCAGCAGUAGCUCUGGUUGAGCCCGAAGUAGAGGAUGAUUUACUGAGAAUGUGAGAAAGCCUAUACAUCACUCUGGGUGCUGUUUUUUUUUCCUUUUCUUGAAAUUGGUGUGCAAUGUUACUACAUUUUAGAAGGACAGUGCCACAAUAUGGCAAACCCAAAAAUGUUUUUGAAGAUGGCAUAUCCAUAGGGUUGUAGUGGUAUAACGCUACUAUGGUAUACCGUAUUAUGAAAAUUGAUGGUUAUCAUACAGUGUACAUUUGCUUAUCUACGGUAUUGAAUUCUACCGUAUUAGUGUUAUUAAAAAAAUUAUAAUAAUGCAUAAAAUCUCCUAAUUCCCUUAAGGGUUACUGUAACUGAUAUAAUUGUGUAAUGCUGUUGUGAACAGUGAUAUUUUCUGAGACGGUUAUCAUAUUGUAAAAAUCUCAUACCACUGCAACCCUAGUCCACAACCUGCUCUAUCCUAUACCUGAUUGCUGCCUAUGUCAGAGUUUGUCAGCCUAAGGGACAGGGAUCCAUUGGGUUGAUAUACAGAGGUACUGUAUUGAUAAUAAAGAAGUAUAGUAAGAAAAGAAAGGAAAUAAUAUACAGCACAAUGAAAUAAAGUCAAGAGGGUAAAAAGUCUGAGAAAUCCUGACCGCAACAGUGUUUAUUGUUAAGUGCAGUUCAUGUAUCUGGCCCUUUAUUUACUCUGUAGUAGCGUAUUUAAGUUGUAGCAUGUUCGAGCUGUCAUAUAACAAAACAACCUUCUUUGGUAUUUGUUGUGGAAACUGACAAUGUAUUUUUACAUAAAUUAAAUAAUAUAUAUUGUUAUUUGUUUUAGCAGAGACCAAUAAGUUGCCAAAUAUAAAAUAGGUCGUGAAAUAUAUUUUUGGUCACUUGUAAAGAUAUUGUGUUGUAAUACUCCCUGUCAGAAUGAAAAAGUUUGACUUGAUUGCAAUAAAGGAUAAAUAACACUGAUAAUAAAA